GCUCACUCAGUCUUAAGUCCACUUUCCACGAUGCUUUCCAGCCAACGUUCCGCUUUGGCAGCGACGACGCUCCUUCUCGGCCGGAGAGCGCUCAGCACCAGCGCGGCCGCCUCUGCCUACAACAACCCAGCAGCCUCCAAGAAGUCAGCCCCACAAGGCAAGCAUGCCGAUCGCGAGGAGGACAUUGACGACGGCCCAAUGCCCAACGCGCGUCCGCCGCCACGACCAAUCACAAAGGUCUCUGUGGAAGAGGAAAACCGUCGAGCGCUGUUUGUCAAGGAGUUUUCGCGACACCGCUUGCGAGAAGACCUGAAAUGGAAGACACAGAUGCGCCAGAUGCAGUACCAACAGAAUAAGGCCAUGCAGCUCUUGUACAAGAUCCACCCGAUGCUGUAUCUCGCUGCAGCUCAGAAUGACUUGUCGACGCCUCCAGCGUCGCGCCCGCUGCCAACCCUGACGCCUCCUGUCGAGGGCUACUCUGCCGCUGCAGCUCUCGCCGCUCGCAAGGCUGCCGGUGACGACGAUGCCGCAGCUCCUGGUGCAGAUGAUGCAGGCGCACCAGCAGCAUCACCCUAAAAACCACUAUUCUCGAACGAAUGAAAACAGAAACGUCCUUGCUGAGCGGUCGGCAGCAGAGCAACCCACACAGCCCAGCAAGAUGCGUUGUCGCUAGCACAAAUAAACAACAUCUUUUCAAUGUCUACA